CUCAGCCAACAACAAGAAGUAGAGCUUCUACAAUAUAUCAAACAGCUUACGGAACAUAUCCUUACUCCUAUACGGCAGAUGAUACAGAGCUUUGCCUCAUAUAUAGCCAAAAAGCAAGUCUCAAUCUCCUGGGUUGAUCGCUUUAGACAGCGGAACAAGGAAUCCUUAAUAUCUCAAUAG